CAUCCCACUGCCCCAACACGCGUCUCCCCCGCCAAACUUCCUCUAGUCUCACCCAGUCAGUCUCUCAGCUCUCGAGUGGUACAUGUUGUUGCUGUGAACAGGAACACUACUAACCACUGCAGUUUUGAUUGGCUCACUCCUACAUACAUACCAGAACGAGCUCACUCACAAUGUCCUAUCUCUGGUCAGAUCUAUCACACGAUAACCCACCCUCGUCUCCCGUCCCAGGUCCAUCGACAAGCAACAACCGACGGCGUCUCAAAGAGCAAGUUGAUAUCCAUGAGGACAAACCAGAAGGAGAAGAUAUUGAUGAUGAUAAUGACCAAGAAAAUGAAAAUAAUCCAUUGGGUGCCUAUCCCACCCCGCCAGUCUCCGAGCAAGAACCGUUCGUCCUGCCUCGUAAAACCUCUCGGCCGAGGAACCGACUCAGGACAGGCUCUAGCAGCGUCCGUACCUUCCCUAGGACGUAUCGGCAAGCCACGCUUUCCGAAUGCUUGAACCGAUGUGCCAGCUCCCCUCUAGGCGGGCGAAGCACGGAACUGGAGUCAUUUGACGAUUUCAACCACUCAAACGACCUACCAGAACAUCAAUCAAACCAAAGACCAACUCUGGCACCCCUACUGUUCGACAAAGAUCGAAGGCUCGCCAAAAGAGUGAAGGUUGUUGAUACCUCUCUGGAUGAGACCCCGAGUGGAUUGCUCCCUCCUUUCGAACUCGAUCAACGCCCCACAUCCGAUUUCGGAUAUCCUGAACCCUCCCCAUCUCUCGACCGUCCGUUCAGGACCAAUCGCUCAAGAAUCAUUCAACCUGCACGUGACCUAUUGGAUUUUGAACUUGCUUACAAACGAUCGGAUGUAGAACCACGGAGGAUGAAACGUAUGGAAAGCCUGAGAAGCGACCCUGAGACUCAAACGAUUAAGAUGUGGAACCCAGAAUACGAAAAUGGUCACGAGUUUCCUUUCAGUCUCUGUUUCAAUCAUGCCGCAAAAGCUGGCGACAGUGGAAGACCACCCGCCCCCGGAGAGCUCAUGGCUGCUGCCAGUGCUUUAGGGACUAUUUCCUUAUUCAAUCCGUCUUUGAGGGGAUCAAUUGAAGAUCUGAUGCCAAUUGCGACUUUCCAAGCUCUUCAGAAUGGGAUUUUUGCCCUGUCAUUUUCUCCCUCAGACCUGAUGCUUGCGACGGGAUCGGGGGCCCAAGUCUCCGAAAUCUUUGACGUUGAGACGGGCACUGUACUGAGCCGAUUGCAGGAUCAUAUGGGCACGGUCAAAACCGUCGAAUUUUCUUCGUUCAAUGAGAAUAUUGUCGUCACAGGUAGUCGUGACGGAAGCAUCAAGAUCUGGGAUCUCAGGAUCACUGGCGCUCAAAAUACUGACGAUGGCUCUCAUUUUCAUCCUGCGGUAAUCACCAUCAGAAAUGCGCAUGACGAAAAAUAUGCCGGUCGGAAACGCCGAAAGGGAGUCCACAUCCCCUCCGUCUCCUCAGUCCUUUGGUCCAGAAUUGCCGAUCAUCAGUUAUUCUCAGCCGGGAGUGCCAAUGGGGUGGUCAAGCUUUGGGAUGUCCGGAAAAAGACACCAUUUGCCUCGAAGGCUCACCCUCUACCCCUCGAUCAGUCGGUCGAACAGAGCAACCAUGCCUUCCCAGAGGAGGAUUAUGAGCACGCUAUGGGAUUCGAUAACCCGCAGCGACCGCAUGGGAUUAGUUCUCUAGUCGCCUCGUCCGACGGAGCUCGGUUAUACUCCUUAGGAACAGACAGCACGUAA